AUGUUGCGAGUAGCGAAUAAAGAAGGCUGGAAUGUUGCGUUGGCCUUGAAAGAUCCAGCUAGUGAAGAUCUACUAGAGGCUUCUCUUAAGGAGAAGUUAAUAUUAGCGAGACAAUCAGUAAGAAGUAAAAAGCGUAAAACAGAUUACUCAUCUGUAGCCACAUCUUCAAGUAGUAUGGCAUUUUACCAUACAACUGUACCUCAGCAGCAGCUACCUAGUCAGUUAAGCCAGUACUCACCCUACGGUCAAAUGACACAACAGUUUUUUGGCGGGCAACUACCAGUGCAGAAUACUGAAAAGAAGACAGAGAGGUUAAGCAAUAUAAUUUGCUAUGUUUGUGAAGAAAAGGGUCACAUUGCUACUAACUGCCCUCCAAAAAAGGCUGGUUGUGGAGGAACCAGGGGUCGUGCAGUCUGUUGUAGUGAAGGUUCAUACAAAAGAGGCAGUAGACUACUAGAAAAGAAUUAUAAAGCCAGUGGCAUUGGUAAUAGUUUGGUUGGAGAGAGGGAUACUGUUAUUUCCAAAAGGUGUAAAAUCUCUGUCAAUGGAAGUGGUUCCAAGACAAUUCAGUUUCACAAAAGAGGAAUCGAAAUGGCUAGAGAAAGAGUUAAGCAGAUUUUGCAGUUCGGGUGCAAUUCGUUGGGUGGUAAGGUACUUGGGUUUGGAGAUAGAUAUGGUCCUAGCCCAAGUGCGAGUUAUACAGAAAAAGCUGGAGUUGAUAAGGGAGGAGCUAGGGUCUCUAAAGUUGCUGCAGAAAGUGAGUGUAAGGAAUCUAGAAUGCAAGGCUACUCUAAUUUUAAUUCUGCCAGUCUGGGAGUUAGCAUCAUGGUUAGAGAGAGCCUUGCAAAACCCAAAUUGGAAAUUAAUUGCAGCAAAAGUGGAAUAGUCAAGGAAUUGUUGAUGCAUGCUGAGUCUCUUGCACUUAAUUCUGUAGGCCCUUCUCAAAGAUCCCGUUGGUUGGAUAUGUCAGGACAAAGUUCACAUGUGCAAGCUUGCUUGAAUACCUUAUCUAAAAGAUGGAGAAGGACUGGUCGUAUGGACUUAACAGAAAAUUUAAGAAUUAAGGAGGCGUUUAGGGGUUUGAGACUACUUAGAGCUCAAGAUCAGGAUGCACCUUGGCCUUGGGACCUCUUUCCUUUAGAGGCUCUUAAAAGAUUAAAAGAUAUUGAGGAUAGGAGUAAUCUGUUAUGGGUAAAAAUUAGAAGAUCAAAGAAUGAUCCAUUCGCUAAUGGGAAAUUUGUUCCAGUUGAGAGGAUUGAAACAAUACAAGUGUCUGUUAAGAAGUGUAAAAAUGAAAAAGAAAAUUCUAACUCUGUUAGUAUGUCCCAAGAGAAGCCAACCAAAAAGUUGUCACGUCAUAUUCACUAUAAUAAAAAACAUAGACUCAAAAAGGAACAAAAUUCAAUCCUACCAGUAGAGCAUAAUGAGCCUAUACCUAGUGAUGUACAUGGACAUACGUCCAAGUCAAAUCGUUAG